CCGAAAACACAUCCAGAUACACAGGAUACCGUGCUGGAGACCCAGGAGACAUCAUGGACUCAGUGUUUCUGCUUCCAGGUUAUUAUGUAUAAACGAAUAGAUUCAAUCAUUAUAUCUGGAGAUGGACAGUGUGGUUAUAAUGUACUGGGUAUUUAUCGCUGGUAGACGCGUUCGACGCUUUGCACACACACACACAACACCAUGCUAUAUUGAUGUAAACCGCCCGCUCAUACUCAGAUGGCUUCGACAAACAGCGCGGACAUCGUAUAUAUUUAUUACUUUAUUACACAUAAAGCUUAAGCAAAAUGGACAUCACCGACUUGGUCUACCUAUUGGACGCGUAGGAAAUUUAUUUUGCGUUGCAUUAUCCUGACAAGUAUGCUUUUUACUAUGUGGAAUAUCAUCUUACAGUGAUAUCGACUUUAUGUGAUGUCAUAAGCUGUCGAAAUACCUUAUGCCAACUAGGAUUUGACGAUCAUCAUUUGUUUUAAUUCAUUGAAAUAUCAUGAAAACGACGAACAGACAGAUCACAACACGGAAGCAGCCGACUGCUCACAUUACCACUGUGGAUAUCAUCUGGGAACAGCUCGGAGUGCACGGAAGCAUGACAGGCCUGUGUGCCACCUGUGAUGUUCCCUGCUGCAAGAUCCAGAUAAGCGGACGAUCACUUUGUUAAUACUAGCCUCCAGUAUUGACGUGUGAUAUUUAUACGUCAACGUUAUACCAUCACAUUGAACGGGCAUUCUAUAGGAUCUGACUCCGGACAUAGGCUUCUCAACUCCUAUGAUUCCGUACAGGACGCAGCAGUCACGGAGUACUUUAGAUUAGUCCGUUUAACUGGGAGUUCAUCUUUCAUAAACAACAUGGAUCACCCGCCAACCUCCGACCCCGGCUGUACAACUCCUCCAUUGUCGCAAAUCAUCUGCUGCAAACUCUGCUUCAGCGUCUAUAAAAGUCCCAAGCUGCUUCCGUGCCUUCAUAGUUUUUGCUGUUUGUGCCUGUCCAACCACUGUGAUCGCAAUGUCUCCCAGGGCAAGGCCACGGUAUGUCCCUCUUGCUCCGAACCCUUCGAUGUGCCGGAGCAAGGCAUUGCCAGCCUGCCUAAUAAUGUGGUGCUACAGAGGGCAAUUUUAUCAAAUGUAAAUCAAGUGAAGAUAAAAUCGCCCCCUCACUAUAGAAAUCGGUCAGUCACCAAUUCUGACUCGUUGACUUUCAGUGAUACAUCCAUUGGGUCAGAAUUAAAAAAAUGUUCUUCUAACAGGGGCAGUACAGACAUCAUUUCAGCUGAGGGAAUGUUUCAAAGGGAAAACUCUUCGGAAAAUGCUGAAAAUGAUCAGAGUGGAAAAGCAGCUGAAAACGACCUCGUUUUCAUGGAAAAUAGUGUUGUUCAACAUGAUAACGUUACGACAGUGUGUCAGUCAACACAGGAGAAUGAUAAGUCAAAACUCGAAGACAGAAGACAAACGCCAAAUCAAUCGAAUCUUACAUCACCGUCUACAGAAACAGACGCUUCUUUGUUUCAACAGGAACACCAAAAGAUGGUUAAAAGUUGCUCGGAGUUUAGCAACUUUUCAAUAGGUAGUCUAAAGUUUGAGCCCCCACAAGAUUAUGCGGACAUUACAGAAGAUUGUUAUACAGAUAAUGACAAUACUGCCAUCUCUUCAGUAAACCACGACCCUAUUAUUGAAGAACAUAAACAACGCGAUCGAAUAAAGGAUGAGUUGGCAGGUUUUCAAACCGAAGCACUGGGCAUUGUUUAUUCCAUCGACAAUUUGAAUAAAGAAAAAGAAAGAUGUAUUCAACAAAAACAGAACCUACAUUAUCAAAUACAACAGCGGUCAGCUCGCUUACAAGGCUUGAUAAAGGGUUGGGAAAGACAACUUCUGCUGCAGGUUGAGGCCCAUUGGCACGAUAUAAAUAUGACUGAAGUCAUUGAGAAGUACAAGUCUUACAUGCACAACAGAUUAAAAGGCAUACUAGCUAUGACAGACUUGGCCAGAAUGUUACUUGAUCACGGUCUCAGUGAAGAACUACCUGUAUUUGAGGAAAUGAUUAAAAACAGAAAGCAAAAACUAAACGGACAGAAAUUAUCGUUUGAGAAGCCUUACAUGAAAUUCAGUAUACCUGCAGAUGAGGAUGUGGUUGUGGAAAAUCUAUUCGGUAGUCUUAAUGUUCUGAGGAAAUCUGAAAGCUAUUGGGAGUUCUGCCCAGCUACCCAAAUCCCAACGGCAACGUCCGGCAUUGAUGAACAGGUGAACAACAGGAGCAUAUCGGAGCCUAUAUCCGGGAAGAUUAUAUCACAAACAGAUUCCCAAACAUCAAAAUCUGACAUUAAGGGCAAAUCCGUUGGUUCUACAUUAGCAUGCAGAUCACCGUCAAUAGAAAAAUUAAAAGAAGACCGACUUUCUACAAAACGAAGUAGAAGCUCAUCAACAAGACGAAGUUUCUCGAAGCAAAUGAGCCCUUCUCAUCCCAGAAGCAGACGACAGUCUAUGGAAUCACCAACAUCUGAGGAUGUUAAAAUUUCAGGUGGGCCGUUUACUAAGCCUGUCCUACAUGCAAAAAGUCCUGUACGUCAAAUGCACAGAGGAAACUCUAGGGGAUAUCAAGUGUCAGAUCAAUCUGUGUUUUCACCUCCCUCUUCUCCAACUAAGCUAGGUAAAACAUCUGACUGUACACUAGAUUUCUCAUCAGGAAACCGACGAAAUACCGAAGGAAGCAUUCAAAUUGACUGGGAAAGAGACUUUAUAAACACAAUUGAACAAGAAGCAAACCGCUAUUCUGACAGCAGUAGAGACACUGCUGUUUUGAAUGAAAGUGAUCGACGUGGCCAAAUUGAUGACGAUGUCCAACACACUCGACGUAUGCUUGCCAUGUGCAAAAAACAGCUUCUGGAAGCACAGACGGAGUCCAACCCUUUGUUACAAUUUUCAUCACACGACGUUCACACUGGAAGUCUUCCCUCAUCUCCAAGAGAACGUUUCGAUCAUUUGAAAUUUUCUGCUCGUAAAAAGUCUAUUAAGUGGAGAUCAGAGUCACGUGACAGUAUAUCCAGUCUUGAUGGUGAUUAAAAUAACGUAUAUAAGUGUACUGAUGUAUGUUGACAAAGAGAGCAUUCUGUAUUAUAUUCUUGUAUACAGGUAAAUUACACAUGAUUAUUUACUGCGUUACAUGCUUCAUGCUUUAAAGAACUAAAUAUUUCCUCUCAAAUUAAUAUAUUCUCAAAAUAUUAAAAAAUAUAUUAAACAGCACACAAAAAAUUAUGUAUUUUUAAUGUAAAACUUCUCAAGUGCCUAGUGCAAGUUAUGCUCUUUGCAAUAGAAAUUACUAUUUAUCAUUGAUAGUCAUACAAAUCAAUCCGUUAAUGUGCCAAAAACCGAUCAUAACCAAAAAGAUGACUUUUUUUUAAAAAAAAUAUUGAAAUAUUGAACUUAAUUGAAAACAUCUGAACGAAAUAUGUUAAAACCUAAUACCAGUAUCAAUAUUAAUUCCACUAAGUGUAUUGAUCAAUGUUGUUGUUUUCAAUAUUUUACCAGCUUUUUAUAUAAAACAAAUAAAGCAACUAAAUAAAAAAAACUGUUUCUACUAUGGGUCAAACUGAUAUUUGACUUUUAAAUACGUUGUUAUCAUGCUUUUUAUACAUGAAAACAGGCAAAGACAUAAUCAAUGCAUUAAUGACAUGGUAAACUAGUAUUGCCAAGUUGUGGUUUUAUUCUUUUGGAAAUUAUUGUUUUACUGGUGGUGUUUGUAAACUUCUUUGAAUCUGGAUAGAAACAUAUAACCAAUGCACUUUCUGUAUGUUGGAUAAUGAAAUAUUGCCGGAAAUCUCACCCAUUCUCCAGUAAAACGGUUAUAACACGAUGAUUAUAAUGGGAUCACAUCCUUAGCCAUAUUAUCCUUGAGGAAAAAGUUGAUGAUUAUUUUUCAAGCUAUUUCACCUCUUUUUGUUAGGAUCUUAUAAUUUUCAUACCAUCAAACUUACACCUAUCCGAUGAUAUUGAUUUGAAUAAUUUUCUAAAGGAAUUAUACAAAUUGUCCCCAAAAGUUUUGUUUUUUUCCUCGAACAAUGUGUGUAUUAUACUAUAUUAUAUUAUACGUUUUCGAAAUGGGAAUGGGUAACUCAGGUGCACAGAAAUUCCCUAUAUUGAUAAAGCAUGUUACCACGUUUUCAUCCAUAAAGAGAACUUGAUACAAUUUGCUUUUGUAUUCAUUAUUCAUACACAUAUAAAAUUGUAUCAAUACUGAGCACAAACCAAACAAAUACUUGCAAUAUACUUAAUUCAUCUACUUCACAUAUAGUCAAAUCCCAAACUUUUUGAUCAUUGUAUUUCUUCAGCAAAAUAGAAAAUAAGUUACUUCAUUCAUUGAUAUUUUUUUCUCGUAAAAAUAUUCAAUGUGAUGGUGUUUUUCUCAGCAAAUGGAAAAUAAGUUAUUUCAUUUUGCUAUUUUAAAUUCCUGUAAACUAAUUUGUUUUUGUUAGUUUACAAAGCAUGCUUUCCUGUAAAGAAAAUCAAUACGUAGUUCCUUAAAUGAUACGAUGUGAAUGAGUACUGAUUUCGGAUGUAAUAUUCAGACAAUCUGAUAUCAUCAGUAACUCUAUAAAGUUGAUCAUUUCUGCAUGUGUAAUUUUUUUUUUCACUAUUGGAAAACAUGACCAUAUCAAAUUAAGAUGUGUGAUGAGUCUACAGUUCUACUAUGUGUACUACAACAGCUAAUACACAAGAUAAGGUCAUUUUGAUAACGGGGUGUAUUUCACGAUGUCAAAACAAAUAGCGGAAAAUUAUUGGACCAUUUACUUCCAGGUGAUGCCAUGGGUGUGUAUACGUAAGUGUGUACGUUAUUAUUACACCUAGGUCCUCGAGAACAAAACCAAUAAAGUGGUAGUUUAAAGAAGGUAUUGACAAUUUUCAGCUAAUAGAAAAUCUUGGAUUUACAGUGUUUUCUUAAAUUGUUUAAUUAACUGUGUUUAAGAAUGAUAGUAUCUAUCUAAAAUCAUUAACCACCUUGAAACUAUUUUGCCUAUCUGCAGAUUGUAAAAAGGCAAAAUUCUUAUAUUUGAAAAGGAUAUUAGCCCGAAUAUUUUAGAGAAUGAUAAUGAAAGAAUCCCGUAGUAUAAUGAUAUAAGUAGAUACAUAAUAUCAUACUUUUUACAGUUACUAGUUUUAGUACUUCAAAAUAUAUUAUUAAAUAAAUAAAUACAUGGGUGUUAUUAUCAACCCUAACUAAAUAAAUACAUGGUGUUAUUUUCAACCCUUUCUAAAUAAAUACAUGGUGUUAUUAUCAACCCUUUCUAAAUAAAAAUACAUGGUGUUAUUAUCAACCCUUUCUAAAUAAAUACAUGGUGUUAUUAUCAACCCUUUCUAAAUAAAUACAUGGUGUUAUU